AUGCUGAUUGAGUCUAAAAUUGCAAGUCUUGAGAAAGAGUUGAAAGAUUUGAAAUGGAGCGCCGAAGAGAAGGAAACCUUGUGCCAGAAGCGUGUGGAAUCCACUCGUGAUCGUGACCGCUCAAAUCUGGAGAAGGCUCGACUCCACGGUCAGCUGGAAGAAGUAGAAAAAAAGAUAAAUGAAGCUAAAUUAGCGCUAUCUUCGAAGGAAAUGAAGCAAGCCGAGAAACUCUAUCACGAUGUUAUGGUUGAUAGGAUUAUAACGCAAGAAAUGAUUGCAGAUCUAGAGAAAUACAUGCAAUGUCUUGACAUUUCCAUCAUUCAGUUCCACACAGAGAAGAUGGCUGCCAUAAAUAGUAUUUUGGACGACUUGUGGCGGAAGGUUUACAAUGGAAGUGACAUUCAGACAAUACGCAUCAAAUCUGAGUGCGUGACAUCGACCGAGAAACGCAAAGCAUACGACUAUAGAGUUGUGAUGAUAGUGAACGAUGGUGUAGAACUUGAUAUGAGGGAUCGAUGUAGCGCGGGACAAAAGAUGUUGGCGUGCAUAUUGAUUCGUAUUGCUUUGGCUGAUGUUUUUGGUGGAAUGUGCUCGAUAAUUGCUCUCGAUGAACCAACAACGAACCUAGACGCAAUAAAGGUACAUCACAUAGCUGCAAUGCUCAACAGUCUUGUUGCUGUGCGUAGAAGAGGCUAUUCUACGUCUGAUGGGCAAAAGAAGCCUUUUCAAAUGAUCAUAAUCACUCACGAUGACCACCUUGUGGACAAGUUGAUGAUUGGAUCAAAACCUGAGUUUAUCUAUGUGCUAGAGAAGGAUUCUUAUGGGAUAUCGCAUGUGAAGCGGCAAUUUUCGGACGGGAAGAGGCCGGAUGGCGUAAUGGCGUCGUGGGCGGCGGCGGCAUCGUCGUUGACGCCUUUGAGUCGUGACGCGUGCGAAGAACACUUCGAGUGCCGCGAUUGCGGGUAU